UUAAAUUCUGUUUGUUUAAUAAAGCUUUCUUCGACGCCUUCGAAAACUUAGCUAUUGGUGUCGUUCGUGCUUUGCUCAUUCACCGUCUAUAACAGCAAGAGGAGGCACUGCUCUCAAACUUAUUUGGACAUGAUUCCACGAGUGCCCUUUCGUCCUGCCCCCGGGCACAGAACUUUAAUGGGUAGGGGACUGCUGAUGUUUCUAAUUAUGACAUUAAUACUGGGAACAAUACUGCCGCUUGGGGCAAGCAGUUCUCCGGAUGUGUCCAGCAGAAAUGGUCAAGACAACCAUAAUCAUUCACAUAGGAGCCAAGAUCAUGAAGGGAAGCACCACGACAACAAGUCAAGAAAAGCAUUCCCUGUCUUAGAAUUUGAUUACCAACACGUCCGUAUCCCAUUCGAGAUAGCGCUAUGGGUGCUGCUGGCUUCCUUGAUGAAACUUGGGUUUCACCUGAUACCACGGCUGUCCUCCAUCGUUCCAGAGAGCUGCCUGCUGAUCGUGGUGGGUUUGUUGGUGGGAGGUCUUAUCAAGUUAGUGGGAGAAUCUCCACCGGUUCUGGAUUCCAAGGUCUUCUUCCUCUAUCUGCUGCCUCCCAUCAUUCUCGAUGCCGGCUACUUCUUACCCAUCCGCCCCUUCUCGGAGAACCUUGGUACCAUCCUCAUGUUUGCCGUCGUUGGCACUUUAUGGAACUCCUUCUUCAUCGGUGGUCUCCUCUACGCAGUUUGUCAGAUUGAAGGUGCCAACCUGCUCAGGGUGGACCUCUUGUCCUGUCUGCUCUUUGGAGCCAUCAUCUCGGCCGUGGACCCCGUCGCUGUGCUGGCCGUGUUUGAGGAGAUCCACAUUAACGAGCUGCUUCACAUCCUGGUUUUUGGCGAAUCCCUGCUGAACGAUGCCGUCACAGUGGUUCUCUAUCACCUGUUUGAGGAAUUUGCUGGAGUAGGCACCGUCUCCGUUGUGGACGUGUUUUUGGGCAUUCUGAGUUUCCUCGUGGUCUCCAUGGGUGGUGUUUUGGUGGGAGCCAUCUACGGUUUCCUGUCAGCCUUAACAUCACGUUUCACCUCCCACCAGCGUGUCAUCGAGCCCCUCUUUGUCUUCAUGUACAGCUACAUGGCCUACCUCUCCGCUGAGAUAUUCCAUUUGUCUGGCAUCAUGGCUCUGAUAGCUUGUGGUGCUGUCAUGCGGCCCUACGUGGAGGCCAACAUAUCCCACAAAUCCCACACAACCAUCAAGUACUUCUUGAAGAUGUGGAGCAGCGUCAGCGAGACGCUCAUCUUUAUCUUCCUGGGCGUGUCCACGGUAGCCGGGCCGCACCAGUGGAACUGGACUUUUGUCGUCAUGACGGUCAUUCUGUGUCUCGUUGCCAGAGUACUAGGGGUUGUGGGCUUGACUUAUGUCAUUAACAAGUUUCGCAUUGUGAAACUCACGACUAAGGACCAGUUUAUUAUAGCCUACGGUGGCCUGCGAGGGGCAAUCGCCUUCUCUUUGGUUUUCCUGCUGGACAAAGAUCAUUUCCCAGACAAACACAUGUUCCUUACUGCCAUAAUCACCAUUAUAUUCUUCACUGUCUUUGUGCAGGGUAUGACUAUUCGACCUCUGGUCGACCUCUUGGCUGUGAAGAAGAAACAAGAGACCAAGCGUUCCAUUAACGAGGAGAUUCACACACAGUUUCUGGACCACCUCCUCACAGGCAUUGAGGACAUCUGCGGUCAUUAUGGUCACCACCACUGGAAAGACAAGCUGAAUCGCUUUAAUAAGAAGUACAUCAAGAAGUGUCUGAUUGCCGGAGAGCGCUCCAAAGAACCGCAGCUCAUUGCUUUUUAUCAUAAGAUGGAGAUGAAACAGGCUAUAGAGCUGGUGGAGAGCGGGAGCGGAGCCAAGCUGCCCUCCGCCAUGCCGUCCACCAUCUCCUUACAAAACAUCCAGCCCAAGAAACCUGCAGACAGAGCGUUGCCUCAGCUGUCUAAAGGUCGCGAGGAGGAGAUUAGGAAGAUCUUACGCAACAAUCUGCAGAGAACUCGACAGAGACUGCAGUCCUAUAACAGACACACCCUGGUGGCCGACCCCUACGAGGACGGAUGGAAGGAGAUCCUUCUGAAAAAGAAAAAGAUUGAGCUGGAGAAGAAAAUAUCGCAGAUGAAUAAUUAUCUGACCGUGCCAGCCCCGCCCUCUGAUUCUCCCACCAUGGCCCGUGCCCGGCUGGCCUCCGAUCCACAGGCCUGGCGUGUCAAACCAGACACGGACAACGUGCCCACCAUCAAGGUGGACUUAGCCUCGCCCCAGUCUCCCGAGUCGGUCAACGUGGUGGAUGAGUUUGGCAAGCGGGGUGGCCAGCCCCAGAGAGAACCCGAAGGUGAGGACGGGGGCCUGACCAUGAAAGUCCCCUCCUCCUCUGGGAAGGCACCGACCAAAGCGGACUCGGACGACCCCAGAGAGCAGCAGCGGCUGAUGCGUUGCCUGAGCGACCCGGGACCCGCCCCAGACGAAGAGGAGGAUGACGACGAACCUUUCCUUCCGUGA